AUGGAAAGAACCGCUGGCCUGGAUGGAGAGGCCAAGGGAGAUGGUGCCACAUUCAAUGUUGCAUUGUUUGCGCCGAAAGAAUGGGCCAUCAACGUGAACCCUUCCUCGAUCGGUUGGGCCGUCACGACUAAUAAGUCUGAGAGAGAUAAGGGAGCCGACUCUUUCAAGGUCGUACUUCUACCGGAGCAGAUGAAAAAGCUGCAGCAUCAGAAGUCACCCAUCCUCUCUUCUCCCUGUUUGGAGACUGGCAGCAGCACCAUGGAGGGGUUCAAGAAGGGAAAGCCACUCAUUUCUCUGUCCACUCCCAUUCGCGCGUGCGUGGGUAAGAGCCGACCCCAGGUGCUGUACCGUGCGGUCCACGAGGAACAUCCCGGCAACGGUCUGCGGUCGCGUGGGUUUACCAACAUCAAGACUGAUCAACUCAGCUUCAUGUUGCACUUCCAUCAUCACUUGAACUGGAAGCGCCGUGACGCAAGCCCCUUCAUGUCCACGACCACCGAUUGUGCUCAAGCUGCCAAUGUUGCGGCAUGGUACGAGCGCGAAGGUUUCCAAAGCAUCGAGGUUCUGGUGAUCAAGGCAGACGAGAGCGAGUGGCGGAGUCAGUCAACGAUCUGGCAUGUCAUGCAGACCGCAGCUAAGCUGGGACUAACUGACGUGCUCAAGAAGGCGUACUGCAAAAGCGAAUACCUGAUCCAGGACUACAUCCCGGCGUCUUGUGUGACCCGAGUCCGAUGGGAGGAGAUGAAAGCCGACAUAGAAGCUGAGACAAGCGAGAUGGGACAGUCCAGAAAGCGAAAGCGAAGCGUCUUCGAAUGCGAUCGUCCGGGAGAUGAGACUGUGCUGAGCAACGAACGGAGUCGGAAGGCUUGGGGUGUGGUAGAGACUUGUUCGCGGCUCAAGCAACAGCGCUACUACAUCCAGAGAGAGGAUCUCAAGUAG